AUGCCCCAGUACAAGGGACCAGUGGGAAGGCCUGGGCGCCUCUCUUUCGUCACACGCCUCGCUGGCCCGAGCCGAGAAGUAUUUCAAAUCCCCCAUGUGUUUUUGUACGAGGGAAAUGUUGUUACAGUGUAGCUGGUUGUAGGUGUGUUUUUAACAUUUUUAAAGGAAACCAUGACACUUUUGAGCGUUCAAGACACCAAAAGUUUGGCACAAUAGCGGUGUUUUCUUUGUUUAUGCUGGAUGCGCGAGACAGGGCAGUGUUAUUGGAUAGUAGUAUUGUGGUGUAGACGAGUUUUCUCAACCCCCUUCUCUCCGGAGCGCUGGCUAACAUUAGCAGCAUAGCUGCUGCCUCUUCCAUACUUUCGUAGAACAACGGGAAAGUUGAGUUGAGUUUGGAGACAUGGCGGAGACUAAAAUAAUUUAUCACAUUGACGAAGAGGAGACGCCGUACUUGGUGAAGAUUCCCAUAGCGGCUGAGAAAAUCACUCUGCUGGAUUUUAAACAGGUCUUGAACAAGCCGAACUACAAAUUCUUCUUCAAGUCUAUGGACCAGGACUUCGGGGUGGUGAAGGAGGAGAUCUCAGACGACAGUGCCAAGCUGCCAUGCUUCAAUGGAAGAGUUGUCUCCUGGCUGGUGUCCUCAGACACUCCUGCAGCCGAACCCCCUGCUCCUCUGGUAGAGAUCCAGUCUCAGCCCUCACCUCCCCCUCCUCCCCUACCUCCACCUCCUGCCGAGAGGACGGGGGGCAUUGGAGACUCCAGACCCCCUUCCUUCCAUCCCAACACUGCAGGCAGCCUGGAGUCCUUAGAUGAUCAGACAGAGACAGAGUCAGUCGUGUCUUUCAGGAGAGAGAGACCUCGGCCCAGAGAGAGCUUGGAUCAGCAUGGGCCACGUAUUAAUGGGCAGUCCCGUAUGGACAGACACCUGGCUGGCUAUGAGAGUGCCACAACAGUGAUGAGCAGUGAACUGGACACCACAAGCUUCUGUGAUUCAGAUGACGACGAUACGAUGAGCAGGUUCAGCAGCUCCACUGAACAGAGCACAGCAUCUAGAUUGCUGAAACGCCAUCGCAGACGCAGGAAACAGCGCCCACGUCUGGAGAGGGCUUCCUCUUUCAGCAGUGUGACAGAUUCAACCAUGUCCCUAAACAUUAUUACAGUCACUCUUAACAUGGAGAAGUAUAAUUUCCUGGGCAUCAGUAUAGUGGGUCAGAGUAAUGAGAGAGGUGAUGGAGGCAUCUACAUUGGCUCCAUCAUGAAGGGGGGAGCAGUAGCUGCAGACGGACGCAUUGAACCUGGAGACAUGCUGCUGCAGGUGAAUGACAUCAACUUUGAGAACAUGAGUAAUGAUGAUGCGGUCAGGGUUCUCCGUGAGAUUGUCCAUAAACCUGGACCCAUCACCCUGACUGUGGCAAAAUGUUGGGACCCUUCUCCACAAGGUUAUUUCACCCUGCCACGCAAUGAGCCAAUCCAGCCCAUAGAUCCAGCAGCAUGGGUCAAUCAUUCAGUAGCUCUGACAGGGGUGUUUCCAUCCUACCCUAGUAGCACAAUCACCUCCAGCUCAUCUGUCACUGAAACUGAACGAUUUGACGAGUUUAACCUGUCUCUUCGCUCUGACAUGGCAUCGGUUGCUAAGGCCAUGGCAUCUCCUGAGUCCGGUCUGGAGGUCAGAGACCGAAUGUGGCUAAAGAUCACCAUUCCCAAUGCUUUCUUAGGUUCUGAUGUGGUUGAGUGGUUGUAUCAUCACAUUGAUGGGUUUCAGGACAGACGGGAAGCUCGUAAAUAUGCCAGUAACCUACUAAAGGCUGGUUUCAUCAGACACACUGUAAACAAAAUCACCUUCUCUGAACAGUGUUAUUACAUAUUUGGAGACUUCAGUAACUGUGAAAAUUACAUGGCCAACCUUUCUCUUAAUGAUAACGAUGGUUCCAGCGGUGCUUCAGACCAGGAUACUCUGGCCCCUCUUCCAUUGCCGGGAGCAACACCAUGGCCUCUGCUCCACUCUUUCACGUACCAAUACCCUCACCCCUAUUCCAACCAGCCACCUCCCUACCAUGAGCUCUCCAACUACAGCUACGGCCCAGGCAGUGCGGGCAGCCAGCACAGUGAAGGGAGUCACAGCAGUGGCUCCACGCGCAGUGACGGAGAGAAGAGAAGGGGCAGUAAAAGUGUAUCUGGCAGCACAGCGAGCGGUAGCGUACGUGACGAUAAAUCUCCUGGUGGGGGCGGAGCUGACUCACGUUCUGGCAGCGGCAGUGAAUCAGAUUACUCUGUUCGCAGCAGCCUGAGACGAGACCAUGGCUCAGCCACACCUAGCGAACACAGUCGCUCGAGUCAGCGCUCGAGCCAGCGCUCGCAUCAUCGCGUCCCGUCUGCUCAUCUCGCCCCAUAUCCGCCUGGAAUCCCCAUCCCUUACAACCCAAUGAUGGUGAUGAUGGUGCCCCAACAUCCACAUCCACAUCCACACCUAGCACUUGGAGCCCCACACCCACAAACGCCUACUUUGCCGCCCCACCCUGGGUUGCUCCCCUCCGGCACCCCUGGUGGGCCUCCAGGAGCUCCACCAACCCGAGACCUGGGCUCCGUCCCGCCUGAGCUAACUGCCUCUAGGCAGUCUUUCCACUUGGCCAUGGGCAACCCCAGUGAGUUUUUUGUGGAUGUGAUGUAAUGAAGGAUGUAACCGUCGAUGCACAAGUGAAGGAGUGAGAGCAGAGAGGUUUGUAAUCACAUGAUAACUGUGAGUUCUACUCUGUGACUGACAGAGAUGUAGUUUACUGUAUCAGUGCAGCUCUUUAGAGUUAGUUUUUGUCCUUGACGGUGGGAACAGGGUUUACAGAAGGGUAGGAAGUCUUGCAUAGCACAGACUUAAAAAUCUGUUUUGCCUUUGUCUUUGUGGUAUUAGCCACAACAGGGUCUGGCUUUGAUUAAGAUCUCAUGGUUUUCCAGAAAAUAUUUCUAAAAGCAAAUUCGCUUUAAACACCUUUUAAAUGACCGACAUGAUAUUCACUAGAAUACAAAAAUGCUUUUAAAAAACACUAAAACUAAAAUUUUAUGAAAACCCUUCUAUAAAAAGAAUAAAGUAUGGAAGCUUGUUUCCGUCAUGGGGUAAAAACAUAAAAAGGUAAUUGCAACUUAUCUC